GACCAAGCCAACAGCAAAUCCUAUUCACUGCUCCCUCACUACCAUUACCGCUACAGCAUCAGCAGCGGAAGCAGGUCAGCAUUGAAGCCGAUUGGGCAUCACCUGUGCCGAUACACCACACCAUGGCCAUUGUAGCUGAACGAAAACCAGCGCUAACAGACAUGCCCACAUAAACAGACAACUCCGAGACCGAAAAGGGUUUCGUUCCCAGCACCGAUGAGCUUACACUUGAGACCCCGCCGUCGUCUCCCCGAACUGCACACGGCUUCGUGUGGCUCAUGAUCGUCGCGGCCGUGCUCAUGGCCAACUCUCUCUUCACCACCGAAAAACACCAUCGCGGCCAAUAUCCUGGCGGCCGUCAUCCGGCAGUUCAACUCUUGCUCCAAAGCGUCAUUGCCAUCGUCUCGGGGCUGGGUUGCCGGCAGGACGGGCGGCUACGCCCUUGGUUCCUCUUCGCCGGCGCGCUCUGCAUCCCCGGCGUCGCUCCGCUCUACACCAUCACCCAGCACACCCCGCUCGCCAACGUGUAUGGCUAUCAGGUCCUUUUGGGCAUGAGCGAGGCCUACAUCUUUUAUCUUGUCGCUGAAUGCUUUGUCUUGCUGUUGAUCUUCCGGUUCAAUGCCAACGACAUGCUGUCGGCGUUAGUCGUCUUUUGCCUUGUGGCGACAUAAACAUGACAUAUGUUGUCAGCGGUUCAUGGUCCGGUUGAAGAGCA